CGCAGCUGGAAAAGAAGGCGGAACCAAACAUGUACCGGCAAGUAAUGGGAAGUUGGCACAGCCAGGAUAUGGGAAGCAUCCAUAGUGAAACGGGAAGCAUGCAUAGCCAAGACCAAGACCAAGAGACAGGCAACAGUGCAAGCAGCAGCACUUCCUCCUAUACUUUCAACACAAGCAGAAGAAGCAACAGCAUAUAUGGCAACUUGCAUGCAUCUCUUUCUCCAAUAAUUCGGUCUCACCAAAAACGGUUCCCAACCACCGAAGGUCAUCCUAAUGCUUUGAAGAACAUCAAUCCCGAUAUUCUUAAGAACAUCAACAACUUCACGCUCUUGCAGGCCUCGAUAAAAGAUAUCAUCAACCAUACUGAAGGCAGUGCACUGUCUCAGUUCCGCAGAUCUCAUUCAACAUUGGACUUCCGAAACAUUGAUAUGGACAAGAUUUGAUAACUAGUACAGUGUGGAUCGGACUGGACUAAGAUUGAAUAGACAAACGGAACACAUAUUUAUCAGGCCAAUUAAGCUGUUAUAUUCUUCCAUGCGCGCUAUUUACAAGCUUAUAAUUCUUUUUCCUCCAUU